CUUGCCACAUACAAAUACCAAAAUAAGAUGAAAAAAAUGCUAUCAUAUAUUAUCCCAAAAACUAUGGGGUAUAUGAAACCAGAAAUUAGGCAACGAAAAAUGGCGGGUAUGUGUUGCUAUAGUAGCCUUUCACAGACACUCAUCAAAAAGAAAUUGCAAGGUGGUUUUUACUGCUGCUCCCCUGCACCCAAUAAUCAGAAGGUGAAAACCCAAACACCCAAGUUGUUGAAAAUUGCAGUCAGUGGUGUCACUGAACUACUCAGACUCCUCUCUUCAUCAUCAACAAACAGAUUGGGGAUAUCUGAUGAUGAAGGGGGUGGAGAGCCUUUGGUUUAUAAUGUAGAAGAUGUCCUCAAGAUUAUCAAGUUAGAUUAUGAGAAGGCUUAUUUUGUUACAGGCCUCUUCACCAGUGGAAUUUAUGCAGAAGACUGUGUCUUUGAAGAUCCAACUAUAAAAUUCCGUGGAAGGGACUUGUAUUCCCGCAACUUGCAAUUGCUGGUACCGUUUUUUGAUAGUCCAUCAAUCAAAUUAGAAAAGAUUGAGAAGGGUAAUGAUUCUAAUGCAGGGGUCAUUGUGGCAUACUGGAAACUGAGAACGUCCCUCAAACUUCCAUGGCAGCCUCUCAUCUCUGUUGAUGGGAAAACGGUCUAUGAUCUAGAUGAACAACUCAAAAUUGUUAAGCAUGUUGAGAGCUGGAACAUUUCUGCUCUUGAAGCCGUUGGCCAGAUUUUUACGCCUGGUUUGAGGAGCUCUGGCUCUUACAGUUUACGCACAGCUUGAGUUGGAUACACAGUUAUAUAGCUUUUCCACCUGCAUGAUUCUGGAAUUCUUCAGUCCUUCAUUGAUACUUCCCUUGUGUAAUGAUACCAUUGGUACUGUGAUAAACACUUGGCAUCGUGCUUUGUCUAUGUGAAUUUGAUCCUGAAACAAGCUUAGAUAUCUCCUAACAUCCUUGCAUCCAGCCGCAUUUUUCACAUGGAACAUAUAAACACUUAACUUUUGUAUCGAUCCAUUUGCAUUCUGUGGUUAUAGUUGUUGCCUCGUUUUUUCUCCAUCAAUAACUGCUCGUCCAUAGUCAUUGUUCUUGAAUUUGUCAGUGGUAGUUCCACAGAAACUGUUCCAAGUGACUUGUAAGAACCAACUCAAUUGCAGGAGCAAAAAUAGUGGAAAAUCACAACUGAUCUGAGUAACUGAACCAAAAAAAGAUCAAUUACAGGAACUAACAAAAUUACAGGUUUCUGUUAUUACAAUUUAGUACUCACAAAUAAUCUGAAUAACUGAACCAAAAAAAAUCAAAUUAAUAUUCAUUAAUCUUUCCUCCAUGCAUACAAUAACAAAGAAAAUCCCUCAUUACUCCCAUAUGACCUUAUAGAUGACCAUGAACUCCUUCCACAUUCACUGUUCUCCUCUGCCCACUGCAACACACUAGAGCACGAUGGCGACGGUGACAAAGAGACGGACAGUGGUGUCGACAUCGUUCCAGCUGUUGCCGACAAACUUUUCCUCAUCAAUUUCUUCUCGGCGCCACCCAUUUCUGGCCAAACACCACCAUCACCUACUUGGAACACAAAAACACCAUGUUCAUGUCCAUGCCUAAAUUUAUGAUUGUCACAGUUUUUAUUUACCCAAUUGAAGACAUCCCAGAAAAAGGUUACCUCUACUUGACCCACUAAAAUUCUUUCAUUGCCCCUAAAUUUCCAACCAAUUCUUUUCACUACAAGACUUGUUUUCCCAUCCACUUUCACUUUCAACACUCCACCCGCACAUUCUAUCACAAAUUCAUGUUUAACCCCCAUAAUCCGAGCCCGUGUAGUAUAACUCCUCCGUCCAAACACAUGUUCUCUCCUCGACAACAAAGUCAGGUCUCCCGUGCAACAUCCUGAUACCAGCCUGGCCCGUCCCGUCAAUUCAGUCAACAUAUCACCAAGGAAAAACUCCAGUCUUGCAUUGCAGGUAAUUGCAAUGUAAAAACACCCCUCAGGCUCUGCCGAGUUUUGAUUGAACUUGGCAAGUGUGAAGUCCCAAUGGACCUUCAUCUUCUUACGGUCAUGUAAUUGGACCGGAUGCACUGAUUUUGAUCCUGGCCGUGCCUUGAAUAUGGCGAAAGACGACUGGUGGAGUGGGAUGGUGAUGGAGAUAAGAUCAGGUGCAUGAACUAACAAAGAAUGUGAAAACAGGUUCUUGGACCAAGUGAGUGUAAGAUAAACAGGUGAACCACAAAUCUGAGCUUGGUAAAUACAUGUAACAAGAUUUUGAGGCACUUGUGAAGGAGGAGGAGAUGCAGAAGUUGUUUCUGAAUCCUCAGAAUUAUGAGGAAUAUUAAAACAAGCAGGUAUCAUAUUCUUCAUCCUAAACACAACACUAGUACUAAAUGUUGGAAUCAAGAGUUGGAGGAUUUUGGUUUAAUGAAGUUAGCCAUAUUAAUGUUUUGUAUUAUAUGAGGUGGGGUUUUAUGUUAGAGCUUGAUUGGCGCCAUGGAAAGAGAUAGAAAGCUAUAUAGAUAGAUUUUUGUUCUCUUAUUCAUGAUGAGUAUAUAUAUGUAUGUGAGCUGGGAGGCAUUAGCAAACUUCAAGACUUUCUUUUUGCUUCAAAGUCACCAUAGCAGGUAACACUUGGUUUUUUA